GAGUGAUAAAAGUGAUAAUUUCGCUUUAAUAAACUGCGGUCGCGACUAAGGCCAUAAGUCGAGUAAUUAUUAUUACAUAAAACACUGCACUACGAGUAUCGCAGUCCUUAGACACGUUUAUAUUUAUUAAAUAGUGAAUUAACGCGAGUGAGAGUUUUCAAUUGUAAAUAUCAUGGCUGAAAAACAAAUAAAAAAUCGUGUGUGCAUUGUGGGUUCAGGAAACUGGGGAUCUGCAAUAGCAAAAAUCGUUGGUAGAAAUGCAGCGCGCCUUUCAAAUUUUGAAGACAGAGUCACGAUGUGGGUGUAUGAAGAGAUCAUUGAAGGCAAGAAGUUAACAGAAAUUAUUAAUGAAACACACGAAAAUGUCAAAUACCUUCCAGGUCAUAAAUUACCAGAGAAUGUAGUUGCUGUACCAGAUUUAGUGACGGCAGCUAAAGAUGCUGAUCUCCUGAUAUUUGUUGUGCCACAUCAGUUUGUGAGAACAUUAUGUUCUACACUUCUUGGACAAAUUAAGCCUACAGCAGCUGCAUUAUCACUUAUCAAGGGCUUCGACAUCGCUGAAGGUGGCGGUAUUGACUUGAUCUCGCAUAUCAUAACAAGAUGUUUGAAGAUUCCUUGCGCGGUACUCAUGGGUGCCAACAUUGCGUCAGAGGUCGCAGAAGAAAAGUUCUGCGAAACAACCAUUGGCUGUCGCGAUGUAAUGCUGGCUCCGCUGAUGAGAGACAUCAUCCAGACAGAGUACUUCAGGGUGGUGGUUGUUGAUGAUGAAGAUGCUGUCGAAAUCUGCGGUGCUCUGAAGAAUAUAGUGGCUGUUGGUGCUGGCUUCGUGGAUGGUUUAGGCUUCGGUGACAACACGAAAGCAGCGGUCAUCAGGCUCGGUUUGAUGGAGAUGAUCAAAUUCGUCGACGUCUUCUACCCGGGCAGCAAACUUAGCACCUUCUUCGAGUCAUGCGGUGUAGCCGAUCUUAUUACUACGUGUUAUGGUGGCAGAAAUCGUCGUGUAGCCGAAGCGUUUGUGAAGACCGGCCGAUCGAUCAAAGAGCUGGAAGACGAAAUGCUAAAUGGACAGAAGUUGCAGGGUCCGAUCACCGCUGAGGAGGUUAACCACAUGCUUGCCAACAAGAAUAUGGAGAAUAAGUUCCCUCUCUUCACAGCUGUCUUCCGCAUCUGCCGUGGCGAGUUGAAGCCCAACGAUUUCAUUGAUUGCAUCCGUUCCCACCCCGAGCACAUGAAACCGUUGGCGCCAAAAUGCUCUCUGUGACGACUGAAGCUAUUUUUGACAGUGACAUUUUAUCAUUCCCUUCAAGUUCCAUGGUUUUGCAGUGUCAUUUAACCCCGAGUUGCUAUUGGUCUAAAUUAUCUAAUGUUAUUUUGACAUUGACACUAAUGGUAAUAGCGCCAACAAUGUCAAUGCCAAAAUUUGUGCAAUUUUAUUUUGCAUUAUCAUUGUUUAAUGAUAACAUUGAAUUAGAAAUACAUUCUUGUUGCUUAAAGUAACGACUCGGGGCAUACGUGUUGUUCAUUAUUAGUUUAGUAUAUUAUUAUACAUAUUUUAAUUAGCCAUCGUGAAAAGAAAAUAUAUAUACAAAUCGAGUAUAUACAUGUAAAGUUUGAAACGUUUAUUUUAAGAACAGUGUCGAAUACUGACCAUAAUUUAAUUCGCACAUAAUGUUUUUGUGCCUUGAGCAUUGUUUUUACGACGUAAGUUUUAAAUGUGCAAUAUUGUGGAAGAUUUGUUGAGUCUUUGGACAGUAAGCAAUUAGAUUACAUCUCUUUUAUACUACAAAUGGUUAUCAGUUUUUUUACAAAACAUAUAUAAGGACUAUUGCCAUAAAUGUAUAAAUUACAAAUGAAUAAACAUAAGUGCGUUGUCGCCUUAUGAAAGCUAUUGUAUUAUUUAGCUAGGAUACUAAUAAUAGUAUUACUCUAUUUUUUUUCCUGAAGGAAUUAAUUUGUCAACUUAUUUUGUUCCAACACAAACGUGGUAACCGACGUUCCGUUUUACUUAACAUACGUACUCAAUGAAAUUCAAUAUUAUUUAAAUUAAAUCAAAAAUGAUUCCAAACUAUUGUGUAACAUAUAAUAUAUUGUAAUUAAAAUAUGUGUUUUUUUACUGCAAUGGUCCUUAUAUAUAUUAAAAUACUGAUUAAAUACCAAACAAAAAGUAAAAGUCGUAUUGGGCUAAGGAUUCGGUAGCUAAGUUUUUUUUAAAAUAAUUUUUGUUACCUACUCAUAGAUAUAUGGCUAGAUCAUAAGAUACGAGGAAGACGCAUUUUAUCAUUUCAUCCUACCAUUUUUGUUAAGCAUGAUUUGUAUAAAAAAAUAAACAAAUGCAUUUUUAUUUC